UAAUAAUCUAUAGAAUAAAAAUGCAUCUUUUCUAACAUACAAUAUCGAAAGAAAAUGGAAAGAAUAUUUGCUUCUACGUCUUUUAAUUAUCAUGGUUCAAGAGCUGUAUUUCUUUUCCACCUUACUUUUUGUCUUGCGACUAUAUUUGACAUAUCUCUGUCAGAAAGAAAUGUCACGAAAUGCGUGUUUCAUAAGAGCCACAACCUGCUGUUCGAUCGUUCCCAUUAGGCUGCUUCAACAGGUGGACCGGGCGGAGAAGGAGGAAGGGCAGGGAGAGGGUGGUCUGGCGCCGUCUUGCAGCGGUGCCUCCGGUUCGAGGAUGGGCCCCGGGCCCGAUUCCGGCAGCAGUGCUCCCUCUUCGGUUCCCCAGUCGCUGGCUACUUCAAGGGACGACGAGGACGACGAGGACGAUGAGAGCAGCGGUAGGCGGUCCAAUGGUCACGGAGGAUCGAGAACGAAGAGCAAUCAACGGUGGAUGAAACUACGAACGACGGUGCAGCUGUCCUCGGCGAUCUCGACGAUCCAGAAGAAACCGCCUCUAAAGCGCGAAGACUCGUUUCUAAAGCGAUUCUCCACCAGACAGAUACCGGAGAGUCAGGAGACUCUCGAUACCGCCGAGGGUGAGGGAGACGCGACCGACAAGGAGGCGGGUAGCCGGCGCCGCAGGCGACCCCGUAGACCUCAGAAACCGCCCAAGACUGUGGUCAAUCCCGACGAAAACUUUUACUAUUAUUGGCUGAUGCUAUUGUCGACCUGCGUCCUUUACAACCUCUGGACGCUGAUCGUCCGUCAGAGUCUGCCGGAGUUGCAGGCGUUGGCGCCUGCCGCCUGGCUCGCCAGCGACGGUUUCACCGACGUGGUGUUCUUCCUGGACGUGGCGGUGCAAUUUCGCACCGGCUACCUCGAGCAGGGUUUGAUGGUCUACAAUAGCAGAAAACUGGCCGGUCAUUAUAUCAAGUCCAAGUCCUUCAUCCUCGAUCUGCUGGCGCUGAUCCCGCUCGAUUUGCUGCAGGUGAAUCUCGGCAGCAAUCCGAUGCUGAGGUUCCCCAGGUUCCUGAAGAUCUAUCGAGUGUACAAUUACUACUACAUGGUGGAGUCGCGCACUGUCUAUCCGAAUCUCUGGCGCGUGCUGAAUCUCAUUCACAUACUGCUCAUCCUGGCACAUUGGUUCGGCUGCUUUUACUACCUACUAAGCGAGGCCGAGAGCUUCCAGGGCGAUUGGGUGUAUCCUUACCGACCCGGCGAGUACGCAACCCUGACCAGGAAGUACCUCGGCUCUCUCUACUGGUCCACCCUGACGCUGACCACCAUCGGUGACCUGCCCACGCCGGAGACCAACGCCGAAGUCGUAGCGGGCGGCAAUCCCCGGAGCCUCGCUCGUCGCGGCCGACUGUCCCGGCUUCUGCAGUUCAAGCAUAACGGAGGGUAUGUCUUCACGAUAGUCAGCUACUUGAUCGGCGUCUUCAUAUUCGCGACCAUCGUCGGCCAGGUCGGCAACGUCAUCACCAACAGGAAUGCGAACCGUCUUGAGUUUGAGAGGCUCUUGGACGGCGCCAAGACUUACAUGAGGCAUCAUAAGGUGCCGGGCGGUAUGAAACGUCGGGUGCUCAGGUGGUACGACUAUAGCUGGUCACGUGGCAGGAUACAAGGCGGAGGUGACAUCAACACCGCUCUCGGUCUGCUCCCGGAUAAGCUCAAGACCGAGUUGGCGUUGCACGUGAAUCUCUCGGUGCUGAAGAAGGUCACCAUCUUUCAGGAGUGUCAGCCGGAAUUUCUGCACGAUCUCGUCCUGAAGAUGAAGGCCUACAUUUUCACCCCCGGUGAUUCGAUAUGUCGGAAGGGAGAGGUUGCUCGCGAGAUGUUCAUAAUAGCCGACGGUAUUCUGGAGGUGAUCAGUGAGACUGGCAGAGUCCUAACGACAAUGAAGGCAGGGGACUUUUUCGGCGAGAUUGGUAUACUCAAUCUGGACGGAUUGAAUAAACGCACAGCCGAUGUUCGUUCGGUGGGUUACUCCGAGCUAUUCAGCCUCUCACGAGAGGAUGUGCUGGCAGCAAUGAAGGACUAUCCGGAGGCGCAGGAAAUUCUGCAGAAUCUCGGUCGAAAGCGACUGAUGGAAGCACAGAGAGUAGCGCGAGCAUGGCGCCGACCUACGUCUCCGGGCCACGAUUCAUCCGACAACAGCACCGGCAAAAGAAUUGUCGACAAGUUAAAGAGCGAUGUGAAAGGCCUGAAGAAUGUCCUGAGGAAGAGCAGACGCAACACACGGCCGGAAGAGAGCCUGGAGCUACAGCCGCUGGCACCGAAGGUUCCGGCUCUGAGGAGACAACAAAAGAUCGACGAGAGUCAGGACUUAACUCUGCCCAACAACCAGGAGACACCGGUGACGGUAUCGCCGUUAGGUGCCGGCUUACCGCUGCUAUCGAGACUCAGGUUGUUGAAAGAGAAGGAGGAGAGGGACGAACGACGCAACCUGAUGGACACGCCGAGUCAUGCGACCGAGCCUCAAGCACCGCCACCCUCGGAGGCCUUGAACCCCACUAAUCCGAAUUUACCAUUCCUGCAAAGAAUACUCUUGCUGAAAGCAAAAAACGAGCAGGAAGCCGCCCAAACAGAAAAGGAGACGCCGAGCACCAAGGAACAUCUGCUACCCAAGAACGCUAUUCCUGAAGAGACGAGCACUCAGUCCGACGAACAGCCAUCUUCGAACAGUCAAAACGACAUCGCGAUCAUCACGGCUAUCACGCCCUCGCAAGUCGAAACGCGAAUAGCGGCCAAGAAGCCCUGGGUCGCGCUGAAAAACGCGUCGUUGACUACCAAGGACAAUUCAUCGCAGAAAAGCCCGCCGGCCAGAAAGCUACAGCAGACCAAAAUGUAUGCCUCUGUUGAUGAUCUCUCGCCAGAGUACUGCGGUCUGCCAUUCGUCAAGAAGCUCAAAAUUCUCAAUGAGAGGCAGAAGCUGGCCGAAUUGGAAAAGGCGGUCAGAAGCUCGUCCCUCGACUGUGGCGAGAAUGUCGAACUAGAAUUUGACAGCAACCUCACGAGGAGUCACUCGGAGGCCUGUGCUAUCGAGUACGCCAGGAAGCUGGCCAAGUACAAUCAAGCUCGACAAGCGUCAGUGUCGUCAGUGGAGCAGCUCUCGCCAGAGAACGAGACGCUCGAGAGGCGGAAUUUGAAGAGUAUCCUGAAGAAACUAUCGGCUAGCAGUAGUAGGGCAAGCAGUAGCGAGACUUCGGUAACAAGCAUACCAGAUCGACAAGCUGCGACCGCCGAGCUGAAGAGGCUAAUGAGAGCGCCAACGAUCGAAGGUUAUGCCGCGCGGCACUCGAAGCUGUCCAAGAGCGUAACAUUUAAUAAAUACACGUUGCAAAGCCCGCCAUCCGAGCAGCCUCUGCAAUCACCGCCGUCGAAUUCCGGGUCCCAGGAUCAGCCGUCACUGCCGCCGCCCAAUAAACUCAGUUUCCGUCCUGUAGGCAGUGCCGGUAUCCUGCAAACGGUAUCCCGACCGCGGGAGGGAGAGUGCCUGGGCGAAUUACUCUCCGGGGUCGGCGAGGUCAUCAAGGCAGGCCUGGAGGAUAUGCAGAGUAAAUUCGUGCGACAGUUCACAUCGCUCGAGUCAGAGGUCCGCAAACGCGACGAGAUAAUAUCGCAGUUGCAGGCACGAAUCCAGCAACUCGAGCGAAAGAGAAGGAAAUCGCACGACGACAAUGAUUCCGGCGGGGACAGCACUGAGCACGACGCUUCCAUGGAAGAGGAUCUUGACGAUGAUUGCGACGAUCAUCCCUUUAUGCGUGACAGUUCCGUGGACACUGUCCUGACCGCACGAUUACGCGAUCGACGCUCAUCGGUGGGUUCAAGCUCACGCAGCAGGCGAUCAUGGGAAGAACAUUCGGAAAGAGAGACCCUGGAACUGCAGGAGCUGCCAAAUUCGAUAGUGCCGCAAAGAUUAUCGCGGGAGGACGUGGCCAUCGAUCUGGAAUCGAACAGCGACAGUAGAUCGGACGAGGAGUUCGACGUUUGCGUGCGUCGCAAGGGCGAUAGUGACGAGGGCGACGAAGAGGACGAGGAGGGAGAGGAAGAAGAAAACGACGAGGAUGACGACGAUGACAAAAUCACGCGACAGGAUGGCUAUAACAAUUGGGAGGUCGCCCUACUGGCUAAGCAGCUCGGGGCGAGGAGAAGAAGCGGCGAUAAUGCUAGCCCGGGUUCCUAGCGCAUUAAUGAGAUUCUAGAAAUACUGUGUUACCUCACGAACACAAUACGCUCCGAUGGAUGGUGCAACCCGCUUACUGGGUCCGGCGGUAGUGCAGCUUUUUGCGAACACACUCAUCGCUCGUCCUCACAAUUAGAUCUCGAUAAUAUGACUAGUUGCAGUGAAACUAUGAUGUAGUCUGAUUAGCAAAGCGUCGUUAAUAUUUUCUUUUUUGCUUUUUAUCUUUUUAAUUUAGUUUUUCCAGUAUCUGUACGAGAGGCGAUUUGUGUACUUUAAAGAAUCAGCAAACUUACAGAAUUUUUUCUAUACGACGCUGAUAUUCUCUCGCGUAUGAAAGUAAGACAUUUUUUAUUCUGUUUUGUACUUUUUUAUUUUUUUAUUAUUUUUUGUAUAAUAUAUAAUUUUAUCGCUGAUAAUCGCUAAUUUUCGAAUUAUUUGAUUUUUAUUUUAAAUUUCUAUUUAUUAUAUUGUAAAUAUUCACAGGUGUGCCUGAGGAAAUAUUAUACUUGGCAUAUUCACAAGUUAUAUAUAAACAUCGUAAUUGAAUGUACAAGAGUACCUCAGAGUAGCUAUGUACCAACACAGCAAGGUUGCAAUACAGGGAGUUUCUUAAAUAAAAAUUUGAAAAUUAUCUGGGGCAAAAAUCGAAACUUUAGCUAAACGCCAACAACCAGUACACAUUAUUCUACGCUAUUAUUAUAUCGCGCCAUCGGAGAUAUUUGUAUCAUUCUGCUACUUUGUUGGCGAUAUCUCUUUUCUCUGAUACUCAUUCAAUCAUAUUCUUGAAAAGCUGCACCACGAGCGAACGGAGAUAUUAGUCAGUUGUACGAAGCGAGGAGGAAUAAAUAAUUUUAGAAAAGAAACAGAGAGAGAAAGAGAUAAAUAUAAUUUAAAGCGAGAAAAAAAAAUUUAAUGAGAAUAUAUUACGUAUACUGACCAGACCAAGCUCAAUAUUUCUAGAGUCUUUACAAGAUACGACUAUUAAGCAACAAAUGACUAUUAUAAAUAUAAGGUAAGGAAAGAGAGAAUUAUUUAAAAAAUCUUGUACAUAUUUAGUCGAUAAUUUAUUUAUCUAUGAGUGAAAGAAAAAGAGCGAAUGCAUGAGGAUUACUGAAAAAAGAAAUAGGAGAUACGAAUAUAAAAGUUAACAUGAGAAAAUGAAUUUUGCUGGAUUAUGAGAGGAGAAGCAUUUUAGAUGCUGAUAUGUACCUACUUAUGUGCGGAAGAAAGGAACAUACAAUAAAGCAAAUGUUUUCA